GGUUAAGAGAUGAGAUACUUUCACUUUCUCUCUCUAUUUUCUUCCCUUUUUGCUACCAAUUCUCGCCUGUAAAAGCAGCCUCCUCCGCCAACCCCUAUUUCGAACGUUUUCCUUGCAGCCGAAAACAGAGGAUGGCUUCCCUCCGCGUUUCCCCCAACCCCAUUUCUCAACCUCUCAAUCUCCGCCGUCGAUUCAGCCCCAGCUUACACGGACGGGUCCAAUUAAUCAACGGCCGGAGAGCGGUGACCGCUUGCCUUAGCGUGGACGUGGAAGUACCAGAUACCGCGUCAAAAUUAGGGCUUGCGAAGAGCAAGGAGGUUAUAGAGACGGAGGCCAAGGUCGUGGUGCAGACCUACGCGCGAACUCCGGUGGUGUUGGCCAGUGGCAAGGGUUGUAAAUUGUACGAUGCCGAGGGGCGAGAGUAUCUGGACUUGACCUCUGGGAUUGCGGUGAAUGCGCUUGGCCAUGGCGAUGAGGAGUGGCUCAAGGCUGUGGUGGAGCAAGCCAGUACCCUCACUCAUGUCAGCAAUGUGUACUAUUCCAUCCCUCAGGUGGAACUAGCAAAGCGUCUGGUGGCUUCUAGUUUUGCAGACCGUGUGUUUUUCACAAACUCUGGAACUGAAGCAAACGAAGCAGCCAUUAAAUUUGCAAGGAAGUUUCAGAGACACACUAAUCCUGAUGCAAAAGAGCCUGCUACAAGCUUCAUAUCUUUCACUAACAGCUUCCAUGGGAGGACCAUGGGGGCUCUUGCCUUGACUAGCAAAGAGCAUUACAGGUCUCCUUUUGAGCCUGUCAUGCCUGGAGUCACAUUCGUAGAGUAUGGAAAUAUACAAGCUACCAAAGAAUUGAUUCAGCCUGGAAAAACUGCCGCGGUUUUUGUCGAACCUAUCCAGGGUGAAGGAGGAAUAUACAGUGCUUCAAAGGAGUUCUUGCAGUUUCUGCGUAAAGCUUGUGAUGAUGCUGGUGCUCUUCUGGUGUUCGACGAGGUUCAAUGUGGUUUAGGCCGAACUGGGUAUCUUUGGGCUCAUGAGGCAUAUGGUGUAUUCCCAGAUAUAAUGACACUUGCUAAGCCACUUGCUGGAGGCCUACCCAUUGGAGCAGCAUUGGUGACCGAAAGAGUUGCUUCCACCAUAGCUUUCGGUGACCAUGGAAGUACUUUUGCUGGUGCACCUCUGGUCUGUAGCGCUGCCCUAGCCGUUCUCAACAAAAUAUCAAAUCCCAAUUUUUUGAACGGCGUCUCCAAGAAAGGUCUCUACUUCAAAAAUAUCUUGAAGCAGAAACUGGGAGGGAACCCACAUGUUAGAGAAGUACGUGGCUUCGGGCUUAUUAUUGGAAUUGAAUUGGAUGUCUCUGCUUCACCUCUUGUGGAUGCAUGUAGAAAUUCUGGCUUGCUAGUAUUGACUGCUGGAAAAGGCAACGUUGUGAGGCUCGUGCCUCCAUUGAUCAUAACAGAGCAGGAGCUUGAUGUUGCAGCUGAGAUCUUGUGCCAAGCUUUGCCAGUACUUGAUGCAACUAAUUCAAAUUAGGAGGAAGAAAAUUGCAUCAUAUAAUAUAUUGUUGUAGCUGUUGCUUCUUAAGUUAUUCUAUUUGAUGUCGAUGUAUUUUUGUAGCCCAAAUGGCAAAAGUUGGCAUGGGGACUCUAUUUUCUUUUUAUAUAUAUUUUUUCUUCUAGGUAUA